AGUCUGAGUCUUCAACACCACACAACGCAUCUACGUAUAGUAGUUCAUCACACCCAUCCACAUGAAUUGUCCAGGAAAAUACCAUCUACUCAUGCUCGGCUACCGCGGGGCGUAUCCUAAGAGGAGGUUGACGCGUUGGAUCGUGGCGAUGCGGAGUGGCGGGGCGGUAUCGAUCAUAACGCGACAAGGUUAAGGUAGGCGUCUUACCUACCUUUGCUACCUCGAGGAACCCAUCGGCGAUGCUGAGCUCUAUGCAAGUUAGCCAGAGCCAUGCGAAGGCCGUCGGCCGGUACGGUGCGAUGGCUGCUCUUCAGCGACCUCCACUUCAAGCAUCAUGACUUGGAUCGGGUGCGGCAGACGGCGCAGUGGAUCGUUGCCGAGGCGGAGCGAAACCAGGUCCGUCGGGCGGUGGUGUGCGGCGACCUGCUGACGAGCCGGACGAUGCAGCCGACGCACGUGCUGUCGGCGUGCUACCGCUUCAUCAGCCUCCUCAGCGACGUCGUGCCGCGAGUUCAUAUCGUGCUCGGCAACCAUGACCUCGCCUACCGUCGCGACUACCAGACUACGGCCCUUGACGCCCUCACUAUCAAACGCCUGGCCCCGUAUGUGUCGCUACACAGCGUCGUCGCUCGGGACGAGUGGGACGGCCGACGUGUCUUGCUGCUGCCGUUUCGCGAGGAGCAGAACGAGCUGACGGACGCCGUGGCUGCUCUAAGUCCCGACGAGGCCAACAGGACGGUUGCCUUUGCCCAUCUCGCAAUCAACAAGGCCAUCACGCAGCGGUAUGUGGUCGGUGCGGGCGUCGACAGUCCUCGCGCGGCGAACUCCAUUACGCACCGCGGCUUGACGGGCCCGGGCCGGUUUGCCUCUCUGGCGCGAACGUUCACGGGGCAUUUUCACAGCCACCAGACCAUCGCCCAGGAACAAUCCGACAGCAACAAGGCCGAUCUGCGAGGGAGCGUCACGUACCUGGGCUCGCCUUUGCAGCUGAACUGGGCCGACCUCUACGACGAGCAGCGGGGCGUCGUCCUGCUCGAUCCGGAAACGCUCGAGCACGAACUGCUCAUCAACCCGCAUGCCGUCGGCUACACAACAGCUGACCUGCAGCAAGUUCUCGGCGGCCAGGUCGACGAAGGUGCCGUGACGGACAAGCAUGUCAUGCUCACCGGCAAGCUUACCCAUCUCAGGUACGUCACGGCUCGUGACAAGCUGCUCUCGCUGGGCGUGCGGAGCGUGCGGAAAUGGACUCCUAUGGGCCUUGCCUUGCACGCCGGCCGAUCUUCCUUCGGCGGUCUCGGCGCGUCGGUGCCGGCGAGCGAUGCCGCUGUCCAGCCCUCGGAGGAGCCCACCAGAGAUGAGACGGGUCUAGCCACCACCACCGACGGCGUUUCGGGCUCUGACCCUGCCGCCGAACUUCGGGCUGAAAGACUCGAUCUCGCCGCAGAGGUUCGCGAAUUUGUCGAGUCGCUGGAUCUGGACGAGUCUCUCCUCUUGCGACGAGACGAGUUGGUGCGGGUUGGCCAGCGAAUGGUCCAUGCCUCCCGCGAGAUCGCCGACCAGGACGACGAGGCCAAGGUUAACCACCAAGACUUCCUGGAUAGGUCGUCUCAAGCUGUCGGCACAAGAACGGCCACUGAGCUGGCAGGGCCCUCUACCCACGUCUUCGUCGCCGAGCCGCGCGCGCUUACAAUCACAAACUUCCUCGGCGUGCAGAGCACAAUCGUCAUCGACUUCCGACAGGACCUCUCACGCGGAUUGGCUUUCCUGGUCGGCGACAACGGCUCCGGUAAGAGCACGCUCGUCGAGGCCAUGGCAUGGUGUCAGUUUGGGCGGUGUGUCCGCGGCGGGAUGGCGGCCAACGCCGUCGUCAACGACAGUGUAGGCAAGAACUGCUCCGUCGAGCUGGAGUUCGCCAACGGAUACACCAUUACACGGUAUCGCAAGCACAAGGUGCAUAAAAACCGCGUCGUCGUCUCACUGCAUGGCGAGCAGCAGCCGCAGUUCGAGCACCCGGACGCGCGCACAACGCAGGCGGCCAUCAACGAGCUGCUUGGCGCCGACUACGACACAUACAUCAGCACGGUCGUGCUGAGCCAGGAGAAUGCAGCGAGCUUUCUGAACUCGACGCCGGCGCAGCGGCGCGACCUGAUUGAGGGGUUGCUCGGGCUGUCGAUGUUAGAUCAGUGCGGGCAGGUGUCGAGGCUGCUGCUCAAGGACAUCGACGCCGACGCGAAUAAGCUGGAGGGCAAGCUGGAAGGCUUGAUCCGGACAAUGGAAGACAAUGAACGGCGCCUCAAAGAUCUCCACCGGACACAGAAACGACUCGAACGUGAGGCGGAGGAGGCAGUCGCAUCUUUGGAGGCAGCCGGUCAAGACCAUGGAAGCAACGGAGGUCAGGCCCUCGAGCUUAACAUGGGCCUCCGCGUUGAGAUCUCGGCGCUGCAGAAUCAAAUCCACACCGAGCAGGAGAAUCUGCAACGGCUGAAGGCCUCUUAUGCCCAGAUGCAGGAAGAGAAGCAUGAAGAGAAGCAUGUCGAGUCGACGUCAUGGCUAGGCCGGCGACAGCGGCAACUGAGCCAAAGACUUGAGGCUAUGGCUGCAGCUCACCCCAUAGGCCUGCGCAAGCUCUUUCACGCCAUGGAGACCUCCAUUCUUCGCUUCCUACUGAUGGCCGUCGGGAGCCUCUUGCGCAUAUUCGGUGUUCCCGAGGACGGCUCUCGGGCAAUCAGCGCCCAAAAAAACCAUAACCAAGAGGCGGCCAUCGACAGUCUCCGCCAAGACAUUGAGAAGAGCGCGUUGCGCUUGCAGAGCCUGAAGCACGAAGAAAAGCGCAGUGUCGAGUACGCCGUCACACUUAACGAGCAGCUUGCGCAGGCCAUCCGGGCUCAAAAGGCAUGCGAAGCCUUGCAGCAACAGGUCACGAUCAAGCAACGCGACGCAGCCACGUACAAGCUCCUGGCUGAAACCGAGCAGUCAUCUCUGCACUCCCUGCGGUCGGAACGCGACGCGCUGGCCACCAAGCUCCAAGAGGUUGCCGCCAAUCGCGAGCUCUUUGCCUUUUGGUCCUCAGCCCUGGCGAAACGCACCCGUCGCGCCUCUUCGUCUUCCUCGCCCAGCUCCACGGCAAAGGCAACGACCAACUUCCGCGAGCACAUCCUCAAAAGGUCCUUGUCGGAGCUCAACGCGCUCCUCGCGCAGGUCCUUACGGUGCUGUACGAAGACACGCGCCACGCGCACAUGGCAACGGGGAUGCUGCGUUCGCUGUUCGACUCCGACGAGUCUGCCGACAUCACGAUCAACGAUACAUCAUCAUCCCUCUCGGGAUCCGUUCUCGAUCCCACCCUUGCUGUCCACCCCUCGCUCGCCUAUAGCAAGCGCUCGAGCGGCGAGCGCAAGCGCGUCGACCUAGCGCUCUUCUUCGCGCUGUUGCAGCUGGCGCGGGCUAGAAGUGCACACCGCGCGCACUACGUGCUCGUCGACGAGGUGUUUGACAACCUGGACAAGGCCGGCCAGGCGGCUGUGGUCAGGUGGUGUGGCGCCAUGUCGCAGUCGGUGGUCGGCUGGAUCGUGGUGAUCACACACAGCCAGUUCCUGGUCGAACGAGAUCCGCGGGACGACGCGAGCAAGGCUUUGGUUGUGGAGGCCAGGAUGGGACAGGCAGGUACGGAGCUCUUUGUCAAUGGACGCAGAAUUGGUGUCGAUUGAAAAAGGCUGUGUAUUGUUUAUUUACCGGCCACGGCCCUGGGGGACAGCAAGUCUUUUGCUUCCGAUGCGGUCACAACGGCUAUAGACGGCGAACGUUGUUUGGUGUAGGGGGCGGCUGUCAGGGGAAGGCGGGAUGGUACUGUAUUGUACAGAUAGGAAAGAGGACGGUCCCUGUACAAGUGUAUAGUGUAUACUGUGUGAGCGGGGAUGCACUGCCUUGGUUGCGGCCGGACCUGAUAAAACGCUAUGGAUGGAGAUCCACCUGCGAACUCCGGGACGGGGUAACACUGCUGUCCGCCGGAGUCUCGGACCUACAAAAGAACUGAAGAAGAACUGCAUCGGAUUGGGAACCCGCGGAACGCCGGCAUGCAUGACGUGACGUGACGUGAAGGGUUGUCACCAAUGGCCAAGGGCUGCACAG